AACAAUCUUCCACGCCUUCACUCCAUUCCUUUCUUGCUCUCAAUAUUUGUUUGAUCUGUGUUACGAUGACUAAGUGCUGAUUCAAAUGGUAUCCAGUUCCUUGUUGAUUCUCCUUUGUAAUUCCUUGCCUGUCCCCUGAAAAAACUUGAAGAGGAUGAUCUCUCCGAUAUUCUCCUCUUUACUCAAGCUUCGAGACAGCUUAUAAGCCGCAGACUCGCGAAAAAAUGAUCAUUCAAUCUAGAAUUCGAGAAAACAUGGGCAGCUCUCGCUGUUUCUCAUGGCUCCUGAUCCUGUCUGUAAUCCUUCAAGGCGUGACCUUGGAAGUUCGAGGCCUCGCGUGCAACUGGGGGUCGCGCGCUUCGCAUCCGCUUCCUGCACGCAUAGCGGUUCAGCUACUGAAGGACAACGGGUUCGACAAAGUGAAGCUCUUUGAGGCUGAUCCAGAGCCCCUCAAAGCGCUUGGGCAUUCUGGGAUCCAAGUGAUGGUUGGGAUACCGAACGAGCUCCUCCUACCGCUCGCGAGCAGCAUCCAAGCCGCUGUCAACUGGGUGUCGCAGAACGUGUCCAGUUUCAUUUCCAGUUAUGGGGUGGACAUAAGGUACGUGGCCGUUGGUAAUGAGCCAUUCCUGAAGGCCUAUAAAGACAUGUUUGUCAAGACUACAUUUCCAGCUCUUCAAAAUAUCCAAGCAGCUCUUAUCAAAGCUGGCCUUGGCCAACGAGUCAAGGCGACGGUCCCGCUAAAUGGCGACGUUUACCAGACGGACAGCGGCCUCCCCUCGGGCGGUGAUUUCCGGGCCGACAUCCACAACCUCAUGAUCUCCAUCAUUAAGUUCCUAAGCAACAACGGCGCCCCUCUCACCGUCAACAUUUACCCGUUCCUCAGCCUUGACGCAGACCCCAACUUCCCUGUCGAGUUUGCAUUCUUUGAUGGUGCAGCUUCACCCGUGGUAGAUGGCUCGAUCACAUACACGAAUGUCCUCGAGGCCAAUUUCGAUACCCUCAUUUCCGCCCUUGAGAAGAAUGGUUUCGGGUCGAUGCCCGUGAUCAUUGGAGAGGUCGGGUGGCCCUCGGAUGGCACCCCGAAUGCAAACAUCCAAAAUGCUCGCCGGUUCAACCAGGGCCUCCUGAACCGCAUAUUCAGCAGCAAGGGCACCCCAAAACGCCCAUCCCCACCCGAUAUUUACCUCUUCGCGCUCAUAGACGAGGACACCAAGAGCGUCGACCCAGGGAAUUUCGAGCGGCACUGGGGGAUAUUCUACUACGAUGGGACCAUCAAGUACCCACUGAACAUGACCAACGGAAAGAGUUUAGUCCCUGCGAAAGGCGUCAAGUACUUGUCCAGGCACUGGUGCGUGAUGUCGCCCCAGGCGAGCCUUUCAGAUCCAAACUUGCCAGGAGCGACAACUUAUGCUUGUACUUAUGCCGACUGCACUAGCCUUGGCUACGGAUCGAGUUGCGGCAAUCUCGAUGCUAGGAGCAAUGCUUCAUAUGCAUUCAACAUGUACUACCAGACCAAGGAUCAGAGGGAAGGCGCAUGCUCGUUCAACAACUUGACGGUCCUCACUGCGAUUGAUCCCUCACGAGACGGUUGCAGGUUCGAGAUUAUGAUUAGUAACAGUACGCACGGGAAGACCCCAACAGCGGGCACCUCGAGCAGAGGAAAGCAUGUGCCGUCACUUUUGGUUCUUCUGCAUGUUCUAACACUAAUCUUUUAUGGAAUGUAUUGAAAUUCGCCAUUUGCCAUUUGGGUCAGCCGAGGAAACUCAACGUCCUUGUCGUCUAACAGACGUGAUCAGGUCUCAUAAACAUCAGUGGUGGAUCCUAACACGAACGGCGUGGAAAGAGAGAUGCUAGAAUCAGACUGCAUUGAUUUUCACCAUCUGAUUGCACAAAAGCUCAGCCAACUAGUAGAGAAUCGAGAAAAAAAGCAUUUUUUUUUCAGAAAUAAAGAAAUUAUUUCUUGAUGAU